UGGCAGACUUUACAAGAAAUUUGAACCCUUGUGCAGUGAUACCUAAGACUUCUUGACUGAAGCGCUUUUAUUACAGUGGUCAGUCCGUUUGGAUUAACAAUAAAAAUAAGCAUUCACUUUUAUUCUGGACUUGCGAGAGAAACUACUGAACCAACAAUAAUAUGGGAAAACAAAAUAUAUGGCUGCUGGUUAUUUGGAUAUUUUUGGCCAAAAAGUGUACAAGCUUUUCAACUACCACUGAAGAAACUUUAUUGAGCAACACAACCGAGUGGAUUACUGACUACAGUGACAUAGAAUCAAAGUUCUCGCUGCGAACGGCAGAGGACCCUGACGACGAUCUUUGCUACAUUGUGCCCGGACAGAAAAACACCAUCACUGAGUGUGAAUUCAAUCUCGAGACACAGACCUUUGUGGUCAUUCACGGAUGGACGGUGACUGGGAUGUAUGAGAGCUGGGUUCCCAAACUGGUAGCCGCCCUGUACGACCGGGAGCCCAGCGCUAAUGUCAUCGUGGUGGAUUGGCUGGAACGGGCAUCGCAGCACUACCCCACCUCCGCUGCCUACACCAAGCUUGUGGGCCACGAUGUGGGAAAAUUUGUCAACUGGUUAGAGCGAGAGGUGCAUUACCCAUGGGAAAAGCUUCACCUUCUGGGAUACAGUCUUGGUGCCCAUGUGGCUGGCAUUGCAGGGCUUCUGACAAACCACAAGAUCAACAGGAUUACGGGCCUGGAUCCGGCAGGCCCUGGCUUUGAGUACGCGGACGAGCAGAGCACCCUGUCCCCCGAUGACGCCAUCUUCGUGGACGUCCUGCACACCAACACCAGAGGCUCCCCGGAUCGCAGUAUCGGGAUCCAGAGGCCCGUGGGGCACGUGGACAUCUACCCCAACGGGGGCACUUUCCAGCCAGGCUGCAACCUGCAGAACACCAUGAUGCUGAUUGCUACUUCUGGCCUCCAGAACAUGGACCAGAUUGUGAAGUGCUCCCACGAGCGCUCCAUCCACCUGUUCAUCGACUCGCUGGUCAACAAGCAGCAGGAGAGCAUGGCCUACCGAUGCAGCUCCAAGGAGGCCUUCAACAAGGGCCUGUGCCUGAGCUGCCGCAAGAACCGCUGCAACAAAGUGGGCUACGGCAUCCACAAGGUCCGCUCCCGCCGCAACGCCAAGAUGUACCUGAAGACCCGGGAGAUAAUGCCUUUCAAAGUUUUCCACUACCAGGUGAAGGUGCACUUCUUCAGCCAGGAUAAACUGAGCUUCACAGAGCAGCCCCUGUUAGUGUCUCUAUUUGGAACUGAGGGAGAAAAGGAGGACAUUCCCUUCACCAUGCCUUAUCUGUACACCAACACAACCAUCUCCUUCCUGUUGACCACUGAUGUGGAUAUCGGGGAGCUGCUGAUGGUGAAGAUGAAAUGGGAGAAGGACUCUUACUUCAGCCUGUCUGACUGGUGGGGGAACAAAAGUUUUCAGAUCCGCAAGCUGCGAAUCAAAGCUGGGGAGACUCAGGCCAAGGUGAUCUUCAGCGCUAAAGAGGGAGAGUUUGCGUACCUGGUGAGAGGAGGGAAAGAAGCGGUCUUUGUAAAAUCCAAGGAGGAGAAAAGUAGCCAAAAAGAAGAAAGGCUGCACAAACUGAAGAUGAACGGUAGCCUCUUCAAGGGGAACUCUGAGUGAACAAGCCUCUGAAAAUAAGAUUGAUCAAGUUCGAUUGAGAACUUGAAUACGUCUCUUCGUACUGUACGUUUUGUAUCAGUGUUCUAUCAAAUAGCCAUCUGUGUCUACUGCUUGCUUUGAAUAUUGAUUUUCAAGCAGAAGCCUGUCUGUCUAAAUCAUUUCACAGGCCUUUUAUGUUGGUCCACAUCCAAGAACUUUAUUCUUCUUUGUUUUGUAAUGAAGGGCUUCAGUAAACACAAAACCAGGAGGAGAGACAAGAGACUGGCACACAUUGUCCUCUAUAGUUCAUUGAUAUUGUUUGCAUGAUAAAUAUCUGUAAACUACAAGUUCACUGGGAUUCCUUUUAUGGACUUUGUUGUGCCGUUUAGCUUGCGUGUUCUUGUUGCAUUUAUUUUUAUUGAAUACAUAGAUUGUUUCAAUUAAAUGUCAUAUAUGCAAUUCUUGAGAUAAGUGAAUUUUUUUUUCCAAAUCUAAGAUUACAAUUUCAUAUUAAUCGCAGAAUGUAGAGAGGUAUAAUUUCGUACAAAGACCAUGACUGUUGUCACACAUGGUGCUCAACCUAGAGAACCCAUAAGCACCGAUAGAAAGCUGAGGCCUCCCAAUUUACUGCUACUUGUAUCACAGGGACCAAAGACAGUAGUUUCUGACAGAAUCUGUUACAUGAAUUAUUGUGUCACUAUGAUUUUGAGAUUGUUGUUGAAUGUUUAUUAACCACUGUGCAAACCUAUGAAAUUCUGUUUGUUCUACUUUGCGUAUGGUAAUCAUGAUUGGCACAGGUCACUUUAAGGGCUCCGGUGCCCAGUCAGUGUAGCUGAAUGAACAUCUAAUGUGGAACCAACCAGAUCAUUUGAAUUGGGAUCAGGAUCUGUAUUCAGGGUCCUGGCAGGUUGAGGAAAAUGGAAGCUCCAGGAUAUUGUUUAAACAAUUCCUUUGAUUAAAAAAACUAAAAAAAACUCUCACACACACACUCACAUCAGACCUCUUACCUUUUCACCGCUGCUAUGCACUGCUUUGCUUUUUGAGACAUACCAUUAUGCUUUGUUACUGAAAGGUCAAACUGAUGUUCCAUGAAGAAAAGGGUUAGAGCCUUUUGCACACCUGAACAGGCUGCACUGCAUAAUAGUCACCACACAUCUGAAGGCUAUUUCAUAUUCUAUUUAUUGAAUGUAUAUAUGUGUAUAUUAAGCUGUAAUAUAUUUUGGCGAGUUUCCAGUGCUGUCUAUUUCUUUUACAGUGCUUAUCAUUUUUUUUUUUUAAACUGAGUGUAUUGAGUAAUGUGUGCAGCCAGAAUAGACUACUACUAAUAGAUUUGUUUUGAUGCAGUUUCAGUGCAUUCAUAAUUGGAUGAUUUGCUCUGUAAUGUGCUGCAUGAUAACAUGGUAUUUUAAUAAACGCAGUGCUCAAGAAAUUCAAAAA